CUUUCUUCGCCACCAUCACUACCCUCCUCCUCGGUCCUUACACAUUCACACAAUGGGUAAUGACGGCGGCACCAUCGUGCGGCGCGCCGACAUUGUCCGCACAAGGGAGGGCGCCGGUGCCGCGGGCUCCAAGAAGGAUCAGGGCGUCGUCGGGCGAGUCAAGGCGACGACGUGCGCCCUGUCGCGCCAGCCAUUGCGCAGCCCCGUCGUUUCAGAUGCACUGGGCAGGCUCUACAACAAGGAUGCCGUCGUGCGCUACCUCCUCAAGCGCGCCGAGAGUGGCGGCACGGAGCGGGCAGCCACGACGACGAGCAGCAGCGCAGACGACCGCGUUGCCGGGCAUCUCCGCGGGCUCAAGGACGUGACGCCGCUCAAGCUCGAGCCCAACCCGGCGCUGUCGCCGGCUGCAGCUCCCACUGCUGCUACCGCUGCUGCAGACGCCGACGAUGAAGAGGCGCCAGCGCCAUUCGUGUGCCCGCUGACGAUGCGCGAGAUGAACGGCCGGCACCGCUUCGUCUACAUUGUGCCCUCGGGCUGCGUCAUGAGCGAGUCCGGCCUCCGCGCCGUCGUCUCAGAGCAGCAGAAAAGGCGGAGUCCGUCUUCUUCUUCUGAAGACGACGCCGCCGGCGAGAGCAGAGGAAACGGCGACGAGGCAAAGUGCCCCGUGUCGGGCACGCCCUUCUCGGCCGCCUGCCUGGGCAAGCGGGAAAUCGUCGCGGGCGGCGACGUCGUCGUGCUGAAUCCCACCGAUGCUGAGGAGACGGAGAUGCGGAGGGCAAUGGAGCUGGCGAGAGAGACCGAGGUCAGGCGCAGGAAGGAGCUUAAGGCGGCCGCCGCUGCUGCUGCUGCUGCUGCUGCUGCUGCAAAGGGCGUAGAGGCGGGCGACGGGGACGAGGACGCCGCGGCAAGAAAGGCGCUCAAGAAGGAGGAAAAAAAGCGGAGAAGAGACGAGGCCGCACGGCUAUUGGCGGUUGAGGAGUCGGAGGCGAGAAAGGCAAACAAACUCGAUGGGUCUCAUGGGCCAACGGCACUCACGGCUGCUGGACAGCUGGCGGCCCAGGCCAAGUCGUCGACGCUGGCUAACGGAGGCAAGGAGCUCUCGGCAGCGAUGCGCAGCAUUUACGGCCUCGACAAGAAGAAGCCAGAGGGCGAGACGUGGAUGACGCGGGGUACCUUCAACCGCUUUGCAUGAUUCGCCUGUUCUCGAACUCCUCCUGGACAGAACAGAGAGAAGGAACUUGACAUUGUAUUAUUGUACAGAUUAUCCCUUGAUUGUGCCCCUCUCCUUUUUCAUCUCAUCUGAGCCUGAAGCGGGUUGGGUUUUGUGUUGAUACAUGAUUGAGUAAUUGUAGCCGCCUUAGAGACGGCCCCAGAGCUGUCAUGGA